AUGGACACGCCCCUCACUGGAGAGCGAUUGGGAGAGGAGAAGGCUUUCGCCCGGAGAUACCUCGACCAGCUCUCGCACCGACCAGUCAACUAUGCUGCCGACUACAGCCCGCCCCUGUCCACCCGCCCCCGCAAGGUCGGUGUCGUCCACACCGAGGUCCGCCCGCCGCCCGAGGCGAUGGAUGUUGACGCCCCGCGAGGUGAGAUUAGCGGGUUCCGGCCGGCACUCAAGCUCAACGUAGAGGCCAGCCUGUCCGACUCGGUCGCGGAUCUGAAGAAGCAGAUUAAUGCUGCUGGCGGCCCGCCUGCCGACGCUCAGCGACUGCUGUUGAAGGGCAAGGUGCUUGCGGACUCGAAGCUGCUCAAGGAGUACGACCUGACCGAUGGCGCGACGAUUAUGCUCAUGGCGAAGCCGGGAGGUGCCUCCCCGCCUGCUGCCGCGCCUGCGCCUUCCCCGUCCGAGACCCUCGCUGCUGGAGCUGGUGCCGGUGCUGCCGCUGGAGCUGCGGCCGGAAGUGCUGGUGCGAAGCGCGACCACCCCACGCUGUCGCCGUUGCAGACGCCGGACCCAACCACACCAGAUGCCAAGCAUGCGCGGAACAAGCCGCCUACGCCUCAGCUCACCGUCACGACCGAUGGAGGCGAGCCUGGAGACCUGUACGAGAACCGCGGACCGCCCUCGCCUGUGCAGAGCACCAAGUUCCACUCUGUCGUUUCGGACCCAACAUUCUGGCAGAAGAUUCAUGCCCUCUGCCACGACGAGUUCCAGCAUGCUCGUGACGCCGACGACGUCUUCGACACCUUCCUUACGAGCAUGAAGAACAGGCUCACCGCGAAUGAGGCUGCCAAGAUCCGCGAUGUCGUUGGUGUUUCCGGUAUGGGCGGAGGGGCUUAA